UAAAAGAGAAGAUGAAACAACAAGAGGAGAAAAACAAUGCCUUAAGAAAUGAAUUAAGCGAUGCAAGAGAAAUGAUAACUGGAAUGAAGAAAAGAAUGAUCAGAGCCGAAAGAUCAUUUGACGGGUCAACAUAUACCCGUUGGGGUAGGACUAUAUGUCCUAAAGGAGCCUUUCUGGUUUACGAAGGUUAUGCCGCUGGUGGUCACUAUACCCACAAGGGUUCUGGUUCAAACUACAUGUGCUUGCCUAAAGAUCCUACAUGGGGUCAAUACAUAGAUGGUUUCCAAUCAGCCGUCAGAAUAUACGGAGCUGAAUACCACACCGGCGAUUACCCAUACUGGAAACAUUUCCAUCACCAAGACGUGCCUUGUGCAGUGUGCAGGAUCCCUAGGAAUAACAUAUGUUUUGGAGUACAGUGGUUAUCUUAUGGGCGGUCACUUCUCACAAGCUGGAUCAUCGGAAUAUGUCCCUUGUUGUUUCCUCGUCUACGGUAA